CUUUCCUUUUCAUUUAUGGUACUUUAUAACCGGGAUAUUUUCUGGUGAACUUAAAUAUGACUUUUAUAACUAGAUAACACUGAUUUUAAAUUAAUCCUCACAACUUAAAAAACGUAUAGCCGACGUAAGGACAUAUUAUAUACUUCUUUAAUUGUUUUGUGUUGCUGUUGUUGAGACAUUCUAAGCCGUUAACGUCGAAACGGACAUUUCCCCUCAUGUGUUUCUGAGUAUAAUGUGCUGUAAUUCUGUAACCGUCAGUCAUCGCAGGAAUUCAUCAGCGGUGUAUUUUGGGAUCAGCGUCACUCUCUGACAGCGGGACAGUUUGUCUGUGGAUGUCAAAGGACCCUCUUGAGUCUCCGAAACCUUCAUUUCACCUGACCUGAAAGAUGCUCCAGAAUGGAAAGUCUCAGACGGACACCGCGGACGCGUCCGAGCCGAAGCCCGAAGAGCAGAACGAGCAGCCCGGGGCGAGCGAGAGCGCCGCGACCCCUCCAGAAAACGAGGUCUCGGACGGAGAGUCCACUCAGUUCCCUUUACCCGUGUUUCCCAAACUGGAAAUAAAGCGAAAUGCCGUGACCGAGGACUACAAAGUGUCCAGUCAAGUGCUGGGUUUGGGUGUCAAUGGAAAAGUAGUGGAGUGCUAUAAUAAGAAAACCGGACAGAAGUGUGCGCUGAAGAUUCUGUACGAGUGUCCUAAAGCUCAGAGGGAAGUUGAACUACACUGGCGAGUGUCUGGAGGGCAGCAUAUAGUCCGCAUCCUCAGCCUCUAUGAAAACAUGUAUCGUGGGAAAAAGUGUCUUCUCAUAAUCAUGGAAUGUAUGGAAGGAGGAGAGCUCUUCAGCAGAAUUCAGGCCAGAGGUGACCAAGCUUUCACAGAGCGAGAGGCUUCUGAGAUCAUGAGAGACAUCGGCACUGCCAUCCAGUACCUGCACGACAUGAACAUCGCACACAGAGACAUCAAGCCGGAGAACCUGCUGUACACUAGUAAAAACGACACAGGAGUCCUCAAACUUACAGACUUUGGCUUUGCUAAAGAGACAUCACUCCAUAACCCCUUACAGACGCCCUGCUACACGCCGUAUUAUGUAGCCCCGGAGGUUUUAGGCCCUGAGAAAUACGACAAAUCAUGUGAUAUGUGGUCUCUGGGUGUGAUCAUGUACAUCCUGUUGUGUGGUUUUCCGCCUUUCUACUCCAACACAGGACAGGCUAUUUCACCGGGAAUGAAGCGGCGUAUCCGCAUGGGCCAGUACGAGUUUCCAAACCCUGAAUGGGCUGAAGUGUCUGAGGAGGCCAAACAGUUGAUCCACCAGCUCCUGAAGACUGACCCCAGUGAAAGAAUGACCAUUGAACAGUUCAUGAACCACCCCUGGAUCAAUCAAUCCAUGGUGGUCCCGCAGACGCCUCUCCACACCUCACGAGUGCUCACUGAAGACAGCGAGAUGUGGGACGAGGUUAAGGAGGAGUUGACCAGCGCAUUGGCCACCAUGCGUGUAGAUUAUGAGCAGGUGAAGAUUAAAGAUUUGGACGCGUCCAGUAACCCGUUACUGAACAAGAGACGCAAGAAAGCAGCGACUGGCGAGAAGAGCGGAGGAAGUGGAUGCAGCAGCCAAUGAGAGACGGAGAUGAAGAAUAAACAGAGUAACGACACAACGGAAAGAGCAAGAGCAGAUGAAUGCAGAGAACACAGACAGACUCUUCAGAGAAGAAGAGAAGAUGAACGGAUGAAGGAAACGUUUCAGAAAAACUGUAAGAAAUGCACAUGUAGACAGAAGAAGUGCUUGUUUCUAUCACCAGCAGGACUGAAAAAAAGCUGCUUUAAAAUGCUUCAGUGUGUGUGUGUGUGUGUAUGUGUGUACGUCAUUGUUCGUUAAUGUGUGUUUUCUGUGCACUGAUCUAUUAUUUGUUACGCACUGUGUUUGUCAUGUGUGUGUAUUUCUAUAAGAUCUGUCAGUCCUAUCACUCCAGAGGCUUCAUUUGUUGUUGUUUUGGGCUUUUCCUUUUGGUCCUUUUAAAUAAAAAAUAAAAAAAUUAA